GGCAGUGCAUACUAAACAGCUGUAACGCCAAGCGUCAAUUUGUUUACAUCCAGCACAAAUAUUAAAUAAAAUAUUACUACACUACUAAUAAUAUCAUCAAUACAACAUAAUUGAUUAAAUAAAUAAUCUUUUAUAAUAAGUGCGGAAUUUUUUUUUAAUUUUCUUAACUUUGUUUAUACCUAAACAUGCCCUUAGAAAAUAAUCCACAAAUAUUAUCUCUUAUACAAGCAGUACGAAAGAAUAAAGUCUUGUAUGAUACUCGACAUGAAAACUACUUGGAUGCAGACGAACAUACGAACAGGAUUUGGGAAGGUGUUGCGCUGGAAUGUGGUUAUGACAAUGGUGCCGAUGCGGAAAAAGCAUGGAAAGAUCUUAAAACUUAUUUUAUAACAAACUAUCGCAAUAAAUUUAUAUCAAACGAUCUUGAAAAAAGCAAUGAAAGCGGGUCUGAUGAUUCAAAUUGUCGGGAUUACCAUAGUGAAAUGCAUUUCAUACUUCCGUUUAUAGCGGUGAACACAGAUUUGAAAGAGAACUUUUUGAAUAUAAGCAAAAGCAAAAAAUCGGAAGGUAGUAUUCAGCCAAUAACCAUAUCGUCAGUAAGCGCAUCUGCUGAAACCCAAACACCUUUGGAGAACAUACGUAUGGAUAUACCGGCUAUUUGUGAGGCAAACAUGGCAGAAAAUGAAUUGUGUUUGCGUAAUUAUUUCGAUGCAAUAUACCGUGCAACGUGUAUUUUACCAUUAAAAUGGCAAAAUAAAGUUAAGCGAGACAUGUUACAAUCGUUAAAUUCGGCAGAAAUUUUAGCCGACGCUGAUAGAAGGACGUUGCUCAGGGCUAAGCAGCAGGAUAGUUGAAUACACAUACAAUAUGUGCAUUCGUUUUUAAUGUCUCAUCGGACGACAAGGAAAAAAAUUAGUUUGUUGUAAAGCUGUAAGUCUGCCGAUACAACAACAACAACAGUCACAGGUGUGUUAAACAUUUAUUUUGAUUAUUCUAAGAUUUAUAAAAUGCAGUUAUGGCUAUAUAAAACAGGAAAUUUAUGUACGAUCUUACCUAGGUGCACACAAUGUUCUUCGUAUAAGAUUUGACAUACGUAAUCAGCUGUUUGCUGACGUCAGGCUAGCAAAUGCUUAUGAGGUUUAAUGUGUGUGUUUUAAGGAAUAUUUUCACUUCGUAAAAUAAUGUGUAAUUUUAACAAAAGUAAUCAUUUAUUUUAAAGAAUAUAAUACAACAAUAAACACAAUAUAAUGCAUUAAAAUAAUUUACAUAUAUAAAAAUGAAAUGUGCAGUUGCCAAUUGUCGUAGCGACAAUCACUCAAAAGCCUCAAAUUGUAGCUUCUACAUUUUCCCUUCGAAUAUGGAGUUGGCAAAAAAGUGGGUGGAAUUUUGUCGGCGAGAAGACUACUUUAAUCCAAAGACUAGUUUUAUAUGCAUGAAGCAUUUCACUCGCGGCGACUUUGGGAACAGUCUUCAAUUCGAAAUGGGAUACGCUAGGAAUCGAUUGUUGAAGCGUGGUGCUGUACCAUCAAUUUAUGAAAACUUGCCUGAAGGAUCGGAUAUAAAAACGACGAGUACCCAGCGUUUGCUUGUGCAUGAUAUUCACAUCGCAGAGCCUUGCGUAAAAGAAAACUUGAAAAUAAUAAAUUUAGUGAAGACCAAUCCGUUGGUAUACACUAGUCCAUCGAUGAAAGUGCGACAUGCAAUUUGGGAGAAAAUUGACGCGGCAUGUGGAUUUAAAAAACAUGAAUCCAAAAAACGUUGGGACCGACUGCUUAGCGACUUUUAUGUACACACACUUAAAGUGUUCAAGAAAACACCACCAAACGACGGACUGCCAACACCUAAUAACGGAAGCAUCAAGUUGCAUGACUAUCGCUAUUUCAAAGAAAUGCUUUUCGUAAUGCCCUAUAUCAAAAGCAUUGUGAUCGAUGCUAAAUUAAAAGCGAUACAGGAAGAUAUAAAAAAGGAAGAAAUACUUGCAGCUGAUAUGCAAACAAACAGAAAUAUGGAGUCAGAAACAGAGUUGGAGGCGAUUGACAUCAGUGCAGACAUUGCUGAAGACACUGAGAAACCUUCCACAUCCAAAUCGCUUACAGUUACAUCCCGCAAAAAAGCACACAUGAAUUACGUAACUAACAAACAACAAGAUGAAAGUCCUAUCGAAAUAAAUAUCGAUAACAAGGUUUACAAAAUUCAAAUGAGUACUUCAGAAGACUCAGAAUCUCCUAAUUAUGAUUUUCAAAUAAAACAGAGUAAGUUAAAUACUUUACUCACAAAAUCACAUCAAACAUGUUCAGCAAAUGCUGCUACAACUACUUUAACGACAACAGGCACUAUGACGGAACGUAAGCAGACGACGCCCUACGAGAACUUAUCAUUGGAGGAAAAGAGUUUGAAAGCAUUUUUUGAUGCAAUGUUAGAUGCAACACAGCGGUUGCCUGAAUUUCAUCAGCGUCGUAUUAAGGGAGAUUUGGUGAAAGCGUUACGACAUCGAGGAGUCAACAUAACGGAAUAGUAUAAUAUAAACAGUGUUACAUCUUUUCUUCUAGGUUAAUUUUUUUUAUUGGCAUUCUAAGAAUAUUUCAUAUUGUGCAUGAAAAUGACUUGCAAAGCCUAUUUUAGAAAAAACUCUUUAGAAACCGUUUAUUAAUAAUAAUUAUAAUAAUGUAUACAAUAUACCCUGAGGUUAG